UUGUUUUUUUUUUUUAACUAGUACAGAGUCACAACUGGAUCUGUUUCAGAGGUCAGGGAUUCAACUUGGAGGCUAUUCAGGAGGGAGGGGUUAGGACAGGUAAUUUGUCCUUUCAGGAGGGAGGGGUUAAGGGUACCUGGGUGAGCGAGGGAGGGUGCUACACUGAAGCUUUUGUCUACAGGGAAAGUAACCUGAGGUCGCAAUAGGAAGUCCCCCACAGUUACUGAGUGACGUCCUGCAGGCUGUGAUGCACCUGCAGCCUGACGGGGAGUGAGAGGCUGCUGGAUGUAGAGGCUUCUCGUGGAAGGUGGAGCCAGAAUGAGAGGGAGACUUUUACCGUGAUACCUUUUUUUUAUUAUUAUUAUUUUUUUAGCUUGGCUGCAUGGAAGAAGAGUUGCUUAAAAGAAGGAGCAAAGAAGACGUAGACUGGCAAAGAAGGAUGGGAGGAGAGGAGAUGGAGGAUUCAGGCUUCUCGGUGGAGGAGGAUGAUGUGGAGUUGGACUCUGGGUUUUGCUUGGAGGUGGACUCAGGAGAGGGGAUCGUAGGCACCGAUAGAGAGGAGUGUGACUGGUUUGUGGUGGCAGGAAAUCCAGAUUCUAAAUUUGACGAGCGAAUAGAGGAAAGAGUGAGUCGAGGAGGGAGUCAAACUGAAGAGGUAGGGUCGGUCGAGGAUGAGGAGACCGAAGCGGAGCAAAAAGAAGAAGAGGUGGAUAAUCAAACUGAAGAGGUUAAAGAUGAAAAGACGGAGGGCGAGUUGGACGUGUGUUUGUGGCCGAUAAAUGAGAGUGGAGGUCAUGUUAGGAUCUCUCUGGAAGAGGUGGAGAGAUACUACAGAUUUUCUCGCUGCUGCCACUGGCUGUUUGAUGAGAUCAUGCAGCUGGACAGCAGUCCUCUCCGUGCGGCUGACAUCACCCCUGACCUCAAGAAGCAGUUUGCCUUUCUUUCAGGAGGCAGAGGGGAUAAUGGCAGCCCCAUCAUUGUGUUCCCAGAAUUCCCGGCGUUUGGAGAGAUCACAGACGGAGAGUUUCACAACGUGCUGACGUACCUGACCAGUGUGCCCAGUUUGUCCUCGACAGGCGUGGGUUUCAUCCUGGUUAUAGACCGCAGGCAAGACCGAUGGGCAGCUGUCAAGGGGACCCUGCUUCGUAUCGCCGGCUCAUUCCCAGGGAACCUCCAGCUGGUCCUGGUCCUGAGGCCCACCACCCUCCUGCAGCGCACGCUCUCUGACAUCCUCUUCAAGUUCAACAAGGAUGAGUUCAAGAUGAAGGUGCCGGUGAUCAUGCUGAGCUCAGUCACUGAGCUGCACUCUUACAUCGACCGCACACAACUGACCCACGAACUCGGGGGAACGCAGGAGUACUGCCAUGACAAGUGGAUCUCUCACCGCACAGCAAUCGAGGGUUUUGCAUUAAUGGUGAAGAAAACAGCACAGACUCUGCAGCUGUUUGGGACUGAACUGGCUGAAACCGAACUCCCCAAUGAAAUCCAGGCGACGACCCUCCUUCUGAGCACGCACACAAGCAAGAAAAAUAGAAUGAAGGAGGAUCUGCUGGUAGCCCAGGGUCAGGGCAGCAGGCUGCUGGAGAGCAUCAAUGAGCCUGUAGUCAGAGACCCGGACCACAACAUGAACCAGGAUGAGCUGGAGAACCUGGCCACAGUGCAAAGGCUGCUGUCUCAGCUGGACGAGACGGAGCGAGCUUUCGACGAGUUCUGGGUGAGACAUCAGACCAAACUGGAGCAGUGUCUCCAGCUGCGUCACUUUGAGCACAGCUACAGAGAGGUGAGGUCGCUGCUGGAUCAGGUGUCUGAGAAACUCGCAACCUUUUCUGAGGUGGGAAUCAGCCCGGCUCACGCUGACCACAUCUUCAGUGAACUCAGCACCUAUGAGGAGAGAGUGUGUGAGGUGCUGGACAGAGCCUUGUCUUUGGCUAGUGAGGGUGAUGAACUGAUUAAGAACUCCCACUACGCUGAGGACUCCAUCCAGCCCAAAUGCAGCGAGCUCAGAGCGAUCAGUGAGACGGUGAGCAGCUCCCUGCGGGCCAAGAAGGACCACCUCCUCAAAGCCAUGGAGCUGCACCAUCGUCUGGAAAGGGCUUCUAAAUGGGUGGAUGAUGGCAUUUACCUGCUGGCAUCCCAGCCUGUGGACAAGUGUCAAUCGCACGAGGGGGCGGAGUUAGCCCUGCAGGAGCUGGAGCGUUACCUGGAGAAGGCAGGACAGAACCAACUGACAGAACUCAGCGCCAUCUGGGACGAAUAUGAAGCUGUGAUCAAUCAGCAGUUAAGGGACCAAGUGGAGAAGGUGUUCCAGAAGCAGGCGUCCAUGCAGGAGAUGUUUGACAAGAGAAGGAUCAGCCUGAAGAAGCUCGCAGCCAAACAGACCAGACCGGUGCAGCCUGUAGCCCCCAGACCCGAAGCCUUCAUCAAAUCUCCUCUCAGCUCGCCCGCACACAGAGCUCAGCUGGAGAAAAACGACUCAGAGAUAGACUCCGGGAACAACUGUGAGAAAGGAAGCGGCCCUCUGCAGAACGGAGACGGUAACAGCAGACAUGCGUCUCUGUCAGAGGAGGAGGAGAACCUGGCCGUGCUCAGGAGGCACGUUAUGAACGAGCUGCUGGAAACUGAGAGAGCGUACGUUGAGGAGCUGCUCUGUGUAUUACAGGGAUAUGCCUCUGAGAUGGAUAAUCAGGCGAUGGUUCACCUCAUGCCUGCUCCCCUGCAGAACAAAAAGGAGGUUCUGUUUGGCAACAUGCCAGAAAUCUACCACUUCCACAAGAGAACUUUCCUGAGGGAGUUGGAGCAGUACACAGACUGCCCACAGCUGGUUGGACGGUGUUUUCUUGAGAGGAUGACAGACCUGCAGAUCUAUGAGAAGUACUGCCACAACAAGCCUCGCUCUGAAAGCCUUUGGAGGCAGUGUUCAGACUGCGCCUUCUUCCAGGUGAACACAACCUCAGCAUGCUUCAAGUUUUUAAAGUGGAUUUUCUUUACCUGUUUUUAUUUGACCCAGUACUUUUUUUUUUUUGCUAAUCAGGAGUGUCAGAAAAAGCUGGAGCAUAAACUGGGUUUAGACUCCUAUCUGCUGAAGCCUGUUCAGAGGAUUACCAAAUAUCAGCUGCUACUGAAGGAAAUGCUGAAGUACAGUAAGAGCUGUGAGGGGGCUGAUGACCUGCAGGAGGCGCUCACCUCCAUCUUAGGCAUCCUUAAGGCUGUUAAUGACUCAAUGCAUCUCAUCGCCAUCACAGGAUACGAGGGGAACAUGAGUGAGCUGGGUAAGCUGCUAAUGCAGGGGUCAUUUAGCGUGUGGACGGAGCACAAGAAAGGUCACGCCAAGGUGAAGGAUCUGGCCCGUUUCAAACCCAUGCAGAGGCACAUCUUCCUCCACGAGAAGGCCGUGCUCUUCUGCAAGAGGAGGGAGGAGAACGGCGAGGGCUACGAGAAAGCUCCGUCAUACAGCUUCAAGCAGUCUCUGAGCAUGAGUGCCGUCGGCAUUACUGAGAAUGCAAAGGGAGACCACAAGAAGUUUGAAAUCUGGUGCAACUCCAGAGAAGAGGUGUAUAUAGUUCAGGCGCCAUCGGCUGAGGUCAAAACCACCUGGGUGAAUGAGAUCAGGAAAGUUCUGACAACCCAGUUGGAAGCAUGCAGAGCCAGCCAGCAGAGGGCGCCAGACCAGGUUUUCCAAUUCCCCCCUGCGCCCAGUGGAACAGUAAGUCUCAGUCCCUUUAAGACCGGUCAGAAGAGCUUUAAAAAGGGAGACGAUAAGAAAGGGGAGCCCUGCAGCCCCGAUGCUAACUCCUCUUCUUCACCAAAGCCCACAGGAAAAGACGAGGCUGUGACAAGCCCUACCUCAGACAGAGCUGCUGUGGCUAAAAAGCGCUUUACUUUACAGGGCUUCAGUAACCUCAAAGCUCAGAAAGAGCCCACAGCUACCGAUGAUAAAAGCUUUACAUUACCCAUGACGAUCCUCUUUUCAGCAGGAUCCCCGACAAGUCCCGAUCACAAGACGAAACGGCAGAGCGACCCCACCCCAUUCGGCUUCAAAGAUCCAGGUCCUCCCCCGCUCCCCCUGAGCAGGGCCAGGUGGUUCAGCACCUCUAGUCUCUUACAGACAAAGUGGAGAGGCUGGAACAAAACCUCCCUGUCUCUGGACGCCUCGGAGGAGCACGACGGCUACUCCAGUGCUGACGAUCCUCUGAACUCUGACCCGGAGGAGGACUGCGGAAAGAAGCUGUGCGCUGGCAAAUAUACAGUGAUGGCUGACUACGAGAUAGACGGUGCUGAAGAUUUCUCAGUGAAGAGCGGAGACAUGGUGCAGGUAGUCAAGGAGGGAGAUGACCAGCAGUGGUUUGUACGUAACCUGAGCUCUUCUAAGGAGGGCUGGAUUGCAGCUGCAAAUCUUAUCACACUUAUUGGAAAGUCCAAGUCUUGCCAGUCUCUCACCAGCUCAGGCAGUGGCUCGGGAAAUCUCAGCACGUCGUCCAGCUGCAGCGAGACAUACACCAGCUUCUCUGACAUCAAACCCUAAACUUCUCAGCACCUCCAUCACCAAACUCCUCUCAUGGCACAGCUUAAAUCAUGUGGCUGCUGCCUGUGCUCUGUUUCCAACAUUCAUACCCGUAAGAAAUCUUCACAGAAAAUCUGAAUUCUGUCAUGUUUUUUUUUUAUUUAUUUUUUAAUUAUGCACAUGCACCAGUCAUUAAGAUAAUAUGCCAAACAUGUGCUCACUUGAAGGCGAAGAUGCUGAACAGAAAAAAUGUACAGGACAGACAAUAAUUUCACCGUUUAGUACGAUCAUCGAUCUUUGUUUAUAGUCACACACUUCGUCUGUAUAUAUUUUUUAAAUAAAAGACGAGAAUCACUGUAAUUAUAUCGGAAUAGAUGUAUGAGUGGGCCAGCAGGACUGAUCUCAGUUAAUGCAUCUGUUUGUGUUAACUUUAAAAAUUGGACAAAGUGUGGUGAUCAUCCUUUCUGUUUGUCUGCACUGUAUCACCCAUGAGUUCAUCAUUUCACUGUUACUGUACGCAAAAAAAAAAAGGGAAAUGUGAAAUACGCACAGCUUGGUUAGCCUAAGUGAAUGUUUUCCUGAGAGUCGAUUAACUCUCCCUAUGUGUGUUUAUUUAUUUGCAAGAAACGUUUCAGUUUGUCUCGUCUCUUCUGUUACCGUCUUCUUGACUCUCUUCCCGUAUGACAUGUCUGCUUGUUGCAUAGACUGUAAUAGACAUAUCUUUGUUGUCAUCCUGUCAUUGGAGACCUGUUCUGCCACCAGCUGCCCUGAACCUGUGUGCGAGCUUCUGUGUGGUGUCAUUCUGUGGGUUUCAUGUAGGCUACAGCUACAGUUGAAAAAUGUUUCUCAAUGUGAAAAUUCACUGUAUAGUGCUAACUUAUUCCCAUGGUGGGAUCACCUUAUGAAUGUAGAUAUUGUUCAUUAAUAUCCGUCCGUCAUGAAAUGUAUGUUAUUUGAGAUGCUAUAUUGUAUAAUAAGUAUGGUGAUGUCACUGAUGACGUGACUUGUCUAAUUUUUUUACAUAAACAACUUGUGAUAACUCAAA